GAAUCUCACCAUCCUCCCAAUUCUAACGCCACCAACCUUCUCUCUCUUCCUCUGACUCUCUAUCCUAUAUAUCUCAAAUACGUCAUAUUCUAGUCUACAAUUUCUUGUUUUCCAAUCAAUCCUAUCCAAUUUCACUUUUACUUCUCUAAUUCUAUAAAUACCGAAAUUACGAACCCUAGAAAUUCAAUUAGGAAUUUUACAAACAUCAAAAUAAUAAAAAAUGGAGGUGAAGAGUGAAAAUGGUUCUACUGAGAAAUCGUCGGAAAUUCCACCUCCGACGAAUCCAAUGGUUACGCCGAUUCUUACAGAUCUUUAUCAGUUAACUAUGGCGUAUGCUUAUUGGAAAGCUGGCAAACACAAUGAACGUGCUGUGUUCGAUUUGUUUUACCGAAAGAGUCCUUUUCAUGGAGAAUUUACUGUAUUUGCUGGUUUAGAAGAAUGCAUAAGAUUCAUCGCGAAUUUUAAGUUUACAGAAGAGCAUAUCGCUUUUGUCCGAGAGGCCUUGCCUGGUACAUGCGAGGAGGGUUUUUUGGAUUAUCUUCGACAGCUGGAUUGUUCCGAAGUUGAAGUCUAUGCUAUUCCGGAGGGGUCAAUCGUUUUUCCAAGGGUACCCCUGUUAAGGGUGGAAGGACCAGUUGGUGUGGCCCAACUGCUAGAAACAACUCUUGUCAACCUUGUCAAUUUUGCGUCAUUGGUGGCUACCAAUGCUGCAAGGCACCGGAUUGUUGCUGGAAAUUCCAAAUUACUACUUGAGUUUGGUCUUAGAAGGGCGCAGGGCCCUGAUGGAGGAAUUAGUGCAUCAAAAUAUUGCUAUAUGGGUGGCUUUGACGCAACAAGCAAUGUUGCAGCUGGAAAGUUGUUUGGAAUCCCGCUCAAGGGAACACAUUCACAUGCCUUUGUUAGCUCAUUUAUGAGUCCUGACGAAAUUGUGGAGAAAUCGCUCAAAAGUGCUGAUGGCUCAACUUCUUGUGAGGAUUUUGUCAAUCUGGUUCAGACAUGGUUAAACAAAAUUCAGAGGACGAAAUUUUUGACUGGUGGCUUUGGUGAUACCAAUUUAAGCGAGUUAGCUGCUUUUACCUCCUAUGCUCUGGCAUUCCCUGAUAAUUUUUUGGCCCUAGUGGACACAUAUGAUGUUCUAAGGAGCGGUAUUCCAAACUUCUGUGCAGUCGCUUUGGCUCUCAGAGAUUUAGGGUACAAGGCCAUGGGCAUUAGAUUGGACUCUGGUGACCUGGCAUAUUUGUCUUGUGAGGCUCGUAAGUUUUUUCAGGUGAUUGAGAAAGAAUUUGGAGUACCAGAUUUUGGAAAGAUGAGUAUUACUGCUAGCAAUGAUCUCAAUGAGGAAACCUUGGAUCAUUUAAACAAACAGGGUCAUCAAGUUGAUGCAUUUGGAAUAGGAACCUAUCUUGUUACAUGCUACGCUCAAGCUGCAUUAGGUUGUGUCUUCAAGCUUGUUGAGAUUAAUAACCAGCCCCGUAUGAAGUUAUCUGAAGAUGUUUCCAAGGUAUCCAUUCCUUGUAAAAAACAAUGUUACAGAUUGUACGGGAAAGAAGGAUACCCGUUGGUUGAUUUGAUGAUAGGAGAAAAUGAACCUGCUCCAAAGAUGGGAGAGAGAAUUCUCUGCCGUCAUCCAUUCAAUGAGUCCAAAAGGGCUUAUGUGGUGCCCCAGCGAGUCGAGGAGCUAUUGAAAUGUUACUGGAGAGGUAGCUCAGCUAAAACGAGAGAAGAUAUGUUACCUCUGAAGGACAUCAGAGAUCGGUGCAUAAGGCAGCUGGAGAAAAUGCGCCCUGACCACAUGAGGAGAUUGAAUCCUACUCCAUACAAGGUGAGUGUAAGUGCAAAGCUCUAUGACUUCAUUCAUUUCUUAUGGCUAAAUGAAGCACCUGUUGGUGAAUUACAAUGAAGUUGCUUCAAGGGUAGGCGAAUUUAUGCACCGAGCAGCUUAAGGCUUGCAGAGUUGAAGCUACUUACAUAUGGCGAGAAGUUGAAGCUUAACUGGUAUAUUAAUUAAUUUGUCAGUAUGCAGCAUUCCAGAUUUUUGUCGUACUUCGUAUCUAAUUUCUACAUAUAAGUUUAUGUUAAACAUUGAACAUAUUUCUUAGAAAUUUGUUACUCAAUAGUCAAUAUUAAACUUAAUCUUUGAACAUGUUUUGCUUUUA